UUGGAGAGACUUUGCCAUCUAAAUGCUUGGCUGGAUUAAGCGCCUAAUUAGGAUGGUUUUUCAACAGGUUGGAGUAAGCAUGCAAUCGAUACUUUGGUCUGGGAAGCCAUAUGGUUCAUCUCGAGGUAUCGUAAGGAAAAUUGGUACUAAUUUAUCUCUGAUCCAGUGUCCAAGAGUUCAGUUUCAGCUUACCAGCCCCACAACAGAAUGGAGCCCUAGCCCUCCAGGAGAGGAUGCAUUGGUGUCUUUUGCUGAUAUUGGAUGGGUAGCCAAAGAAGAAGAAGAGUGUUCAACAAGACAAAGGACAGAGGUCAGAUCAAGGCAACCCCUUGAGGAUGGCCCCUUUCUCGAGAAGCGGCCAGGCAGGGACUUUUCCUUACCAAACCCGUCCCCAGAAGAGCCUCAAUGGAAGACAGCGCUGGCAAAUGAGGAAGCACUGCAGAAGAUCUGUGCCCUUGAAAAUGAACUUGCUGCUCUCAGAGCUCAGAUUGCCAAAAUUGUGACCCUGCAAGAGCAGCAAAAUCUCAUUGCAGGUGAUUUAGAUUCUACCACAUCUGUCCCCACAGCCCCACCCUCCGUCCCCCUACCUCCCCCGCCACUCCCCCCACCAGGGCUUCACCAAAGUGUAUCUGCCAUCGAGCUGAUAAAAGAGCGAAGAGAGAGAAGAGCCUGUGCUGGAAAGACUCUGGUUAAGAGCAGUCCCAAGAAGAGCCCAAGUCCCUAAGAGCAGUCCCCUGAUAUGCCAAAUGUGCUAGAGAUCCUCAGAGAUAUGAGCAGCGUAAAACUCCGCUCAGUAAAACGGUCCGAGCAGGAGCCGAAGCCCAGGCCGGUGGAUGCUGCUGACCCUGCCGCCCUCAUAGCAGAGGCUCUGAAGAGGAAGUUUGCCUUUCGAUACCGAAGUGAUAGUCCAGGGGAAGUUGAAAAACGAAUUCCAGAGUCUGAACCAGAGGCCACCUCAGAAACAGUGCUGUUUGGGCCACACGUGUUGAAGUCUACAGGAAAAAUGAAGGCUUUGAUUGAAAAUGUUUCAACUUCCUAAUAGUGAGCUGAGGAAAAACUCUCCUUGUUCCAGCUGUUGGUUUGUUA